AUGUCAGCAAGCCGGGAGCAGGCCAGGAGGCAGCAGAUAGGUUCAAGAGUCCGCAACGACGACAAGCGACGUGCACGUUUGUUCGAUUCUCCCGCUCCCUCCUGGAAAGGUCUCAGGAAGCUCGAGGGAUGUGCUGACGAUCACGAACACGACGGAAGUGUGAUAUGUAGUGAGACAGGCUUUUCCAGAUCAUUUCCAGCCAUUCAGCCGGCGGAAAUGAUUACGGAGGGGAGGUGUCGGGAAGCGGGAAGGAUUCAAGAACGUUGCUGGCUGCUGUCUUUGCUACGUACACUUCAUGGUUUAGGUUGA